AUGGCUGUUGGAAAGAACAAGAGACUCUCCAAGGGCAAGAAGGGCCUUAAGAAGAAGACCGUGGACCCUUUCACCCGAAAGGACUGGUACUCUAUCAAGGCUCCUAACCCCUUCAACAUCCGAGAUGUUGGCAAGACUCUUGUGAACCGAACAACCGGUCUCAAGAACGCGAACGAUGCUCUGAAGGGCCGCAUCGUCGAGGUCUCCCUCGCUGACCUCCAGAAGGAUGAGGACCACUCAUUCCGCAAAGUUCGUCUCCGCGUCGACGAGGUCCAGGGCAAGAGCUGCCUGACCAACUUCCACGGACUUGACUUCACAUCCGACAAGCUCCGAUCCCUCGUCCGCAAGUGGCAAACUCUCAUUGAGGCCAACAUCACCGUCAAGACCACCGAUGACUACCUCAUCCGCCUCUUCGCCAUUGCCUUCACCAAGCGACGCCCCAACCAGAUCAAGAAGACCACCUACGCUGCUUCUUCCCAGAUCCGCGCCAUUCGACGCAAGAUGACCGACAUCAUCCAGCGCGAGGCUUCCAGCUGCACCCUCACCCAGCUGGUUUCCAAGCUGAUCCCCGAAGUUAUCGGCCGCGAAAUCGAGAAGUCCACCCAGGGCAUCUACCCCCUGCAGAACGUCCACAUCCGCAAGGUUAAGCUGCUGAAGUCGCCCAAGUUCGACCUGGGUGCCCUGAUGGCUCUCCACGGUGAAUCUGGCACUGACGACCAGGGCCAGAAGGUCGAGCGGGAGUUCAAGGAGCGUGUUUUGGAUGAGGUCUGA